AACAACAUCUGAUCUUUCGAACCUUUGAACAUGUAAACUACUCCAUGUACCACUAUUAACCGACAUUCGUUUUUCAUUGCAUUGUUCAUUAUCUUCUUCUACCUCUCUCUAUUUUCCCCCGAACUUCCCAUGUAAUUGUUUGACGUCUCGAGACGCCUGCGCAGCCACCAGAACCCACCGAAAUGGGUGUCUGCCUCUCCUGUCUCGGUCUGCGCCGUAACGACGAAGAUGAAGAUCGAUCUCGUCUUCUCUACGAUGAAUUAGGUGCGAACCACGGCUACGGUACUUGGGGUGCGUCGAAUGUACCUGCGCAAAACGUCAUGAACCCGGAAGAAGCACGAAGGGAACAAGAAGCCCUGGAUAACAUCACCAGAUGGGCAAGCGAUCAGAUUGUCGAAAUCUUCCCACAUCAACACAAAAACCUCAUGACCAUGUCGACAUCCACUUCUCAAAUCAACGGACACCACUCUGUCGUCGAGAACGGCGCCGCUGCGGCCCCACCGUCGUCUUCCUCCCAUCAUCACGAUAUCCUAUUGUCGCUGAUCCCUGGCGACAAGUCCAAACGGUCAAUACGAAUCUAUCCCGCUUCACGACCGACUUCAAAAGAUGCGCAGUCCUUACACAGUAAGAGUUCGUUUGGAGGGUUGAAUGGAGCCUCCGUCAGAAGUAAAGAUUCUUCUUCGGUACUCGUCACACUCGACAUCGACUUGCCAUAGAGUUGGAACAGAUGGGACAUAACCGCACCAAACACGACCUGUACACAUGUCUCUAGAAGUAUGCGUAUUGUUUUUGCGACGAAAAAACAGUACACCUCCUGGGUCCCCUCAUGAUGGAGCGCCGUCAAGGCCCAACUUCGAGGAACGAUACCCCCAAGAUCAGCAACACAUCAUCUUGUUCACCUGGCUCUCCGUUAGCAUUCAAGAAGGGCCAUUCACGUUGGGACGCUGCCCGCGCCACAAAAACUAUACAGAAAUAAUUGUACCCUGUGUAUACACGGGCUGCGCACUCCUUCCGACUACGAAUCCCCCAGCCGAACGAGCAAGAUGGAAUAGUCGGAUCUGCAGUAAUUGCUUUUAUCCUCGGGUUGUCGUCAACCUAAUCAUGUUGACGAACACAUUCAUUGGCACAUGCUAAUACUAGUGGCUCACAACCACCGAACAUUGUAAUAUUUGUCGAUGUUGUUUUUUUUGGUCACAAUCAAGCCAAGAUAAUGGAUGUAUGUAGUUUGGAAGCCAUAGUUUGUAUGAUGAAACAUUGAUUUCCCAUGCUAAAGGGAAUAAAAGA